AUGCAGGCGGCAUUUGGCGGCCACCACCCGGGUGGGGGCGCCACGCAGACCGCCGAUUCCCUCAUGGACGGAGAGGAGAGCAGCCAAGACUUCUCCUUCCUCGAGAUCCCGACUCAAGGAUCUGAAUACGAUUACCCCGAAUUUACAAAUACCUCGGCCACAGCCUCCCAGGCCUCGGCCCUGGGCGAUGAUGGAUCGCAGUCGCAGCUUUCAUCCGUCUCCUCCACGUACCCCUUCUCCUCUUCCUCCAUGGCCUCCUCCCUGCACAACGACGGCACGCAGCACCUCGCCUCGCAGCACCUUCAUCACCACCAUGCGCAUGGGAUGAUGCUCCCGCACGACGUCGAUACGGCCGCAGACGCACUGAGGGACCUGCAUUUUGAGGAGGCCUUCGAAGAUGACGAUCUGGCCGGCGAAGAUUUCAACAAAAAGCUGCCUCCGCACGCAUGCAACUAUUGCGGGGUGCACAACCCGGCGUGCGUGGUGCGCUGCAACGUGCCGUCGUGCCGCAAGUGGUUUUGCAAUGGGCGCGGCAGCACGAGCGGCUCGCACAUCAUCAACCACCUGGUUCGGGCGAAGCACAAGGAGGUGUGUUUGCACGCCGAUAGUCCACUGGGCGACACCAUCCUCGAGUGCUAUAACUGUGGAUGCAAGAACGUGUUUCUCCUGGGGUUCAUCCCUGCCAAAACCGAGUCGGUGGUGGUACUCCUCUGCCGCGACCCGUGUGCCAAUGCCACCGGCCUGAAGGACAUGAACUGGGAUCUUGCGCAAUGGCUCCCUCUCAUCGACGAUCGCUGCUUCCUUCCGUGGCUCGUCAAGAUGCCGUCCGAGCAGGAGCAGCUGCGGGCCAGGCAGGUAUCGGCGCAGCAGAUCAACAAGCUCGAGGAGCUCUGGCGGGCCAAUCCCGAGGCUGUCGUCGAGGACCUCCAGAAGCCCGGUGUGGAUGAUGAACCCAACUCAGUUCUGCUGCGAUACGAAGACGCUUACCAAUACCAGAACAUCUUCGGUCCUUUGGUCAAGCUCGAGGCGGAGUAUGACAAGAGGAUGAAGGAGUCACAGACGCAGCAAGGAGUAUCCAUUCGGUGGGAUAUGGGCUUGAACAAGAAGCGCGUGGCCUACUUCCUGUUCCCCAAGUCCGACAACGAGCUCCGGCUGGUGCCCGGCGAUGAACUCAGGCUGCGACAUCCGGGUGACGGCAGCCACGCAGCGUGGAACUGCGUAGGCCACGUCGUAAGGCUCACCACCAACGAGGAGGUGGCCCUCGAGCUGCGCUCCAACGUCGGAGCGCCCAUCGACCUGUCUCACGGCUUCUCGGUCGACUUUGUCUGGAAAGCCACGUCGUUCGACCGUAUGCAGGGCGCCAUGAAGACGUUUGCUGUCGAUGAUCAAUCGCUUUCGGGUUACCUCUACCACCGAUUCCUCGGGCACGAAGUCGAGGAGCAGACCUUCCGCGUCACUCUCCCCAAGCGCUUCUCCGCUCCUGGCCUUCCCGAGCUCAACCACUCUCAGGUGGCCGCCGUGAAGAGUGUGCUGCAGAAGCCGCUCUCGCUCAUCCAGGGUCCACCCGGAACUGGCAAGACCGUGACGUCCGCCUCGACGGUGUAUCAGCUGGUCAAGCAGAACCAGGGCCAGGUGCUCGUCUGCGCUCCUUCCAACGUCGCCGUCGACCAGCUCACUGAGAAAAUACACGCCACGGGUCUGAAGGUCGUGCGCCUCUGUGCCAAAUCGCGGGAAGCCGUCUCCUCGCCGGUGGAGUUCCUCACCCUCCACUACUUGGUCAAGCAUCUCGCCUCCGGUUCGAUCGACAAGGGGGAGCUGGCCAAGUUGCAGCAGCUGAAGGAUGACCAAGGAGAACUGUCGUCUGCCGAUGAGAAGAAAUUCAAGUCCCUGAAGCGAUCCAUGGAGCGCGAGAUCCUCCAAUCGGCCGACGUUAUCUGCUGCACCUGCGUCGGUGCUGGCGACCCUCGGCUGACCAACUUCCGCUUCAGGCAAGUGCUGAUCGAUGAGUCGACUCAGGCUACCGAACCCGAGUGCCUGCUGCCGUUGGUGCUGGGUGCCAAGCAAGUGAUCUUUGUGGGCGAUCACUGCCAGCUGGGUCCUGUCAUCAUGUGCAAGAAGGCCGCACGCGCGGGCCUUUCCCAAUCGCUCUUUGAGCGUCUCAUCAUGCUGGGUGUACGUCCCAUUCGUCUGCAGGUGCAGUACCGUAUGCACCCGUGUCUCUCGGAGUUCCCUUCGAACACGUUCUACGAAGGCACGCUGCAGAAUGGAGUCACUGCGGCAGAGCGCAACCAGGGCGCGCUGGACUUCCCGUGGCCAGUGCCCAACAAGCCCAUGUUCUUCUACAACUGCCUGGGCCAGGAGGAGAUCUCGUCAUCGGGCACAUCGUAUCUCAACAGGAAUGAAGCAGCAGUGUGCGAGAAGAUUGUGACCCACUUCCUCCAGGCCGGUGUCACGUCGGCUCAGAUUGGCGUGAUCACGCCGUAUGAAGGACAGAGGGCGUACCUGGUGAACUACAUGCAGAGAAACGGAUCGCUGCGUUCACAGCUCUACAAGGAGAUCGAAGUCGCUUCGGUUGAUUCCUUCCAGGGUCGUGAGAAAGACUUCAUCAUCCUUUCUUGCGUACGGUCCAACGAGCACCAGGGCAUUGGUUUCUUGAACGAUCCUCGGCGUCUCAACGUGGCUCUCACCCGUGCCAAGUACGGCGUCGUGGUGCUGGGUAACGCCAAGGUGCUGUCCAGGCAACCGCUGUGGAACAACCUGCUGGUCCACUUCAAGGAGAACGGAUGCCUCGUGGAGGGUCCGCUCAACAACCUGAAGCAGUCCAUGGUCCAGUUCGCCAGGCCGCGCAAGUACUACAACGACCGUAAGUUCAUUCCCGGUCUUGGCCCCGCCCUCCGGCCCGACGAGGAUCCGUCGGUCUACGACCGCUCCCUCCCCGCUCCUGCCUCUACCGACCCCGCGGCAUCGCUUGGCCGCGGAAGGUUCCCUGCGCAGGCGGGGUACUACCCUGGCCCGGUUCCCGCCGCCGCGCACGCGGGCCGGCACGCCGAUGCCUGGAACGCUCAGCAGCAGCAGCAGCAGCGCACUCGCGGCGCUCCUCGUGCCCGAGGUGGAAGGAAGGAUAGAGUUGAGAGGCCCAGAGAGAGCUUCGGAGACAGCAGCACGCAGGCCGGGAUGUCGUACUCCUCGCAGGGUCCGCUCACGCAGCCGCUGCUGACGCAGUCCCUGCCCCUUUCCCAGCAGAGCUCUCUUCCCUUCUCCCAGCAAUCCGACAGGGGGCUGAGCUACCCGAUCUCGCAGCCGUCGCAGUCACAAGAUUUCCAGUUUGUGGAAGACGACUUUUCGCAGGAUGGGGCCGGUAGGACGCAGAAGGGCUACCCUUCCGUCGGCGGCACGUACAACUCUCUCAAUUCGCAGCUCUACGAGUAA